AUGCCCACCUUGGGAUCGGAAAUCCGAUAUAUAUAUAACACGCAGCUGCAGAUGGCGCUGAGCCUGCCGCGUCAUUCUCUCCUUCCUCCUCAGCCACCGAACCAGGAGAACUGGAGAGGGAGGCAUCAGCCGUGUGGACGAGGGAGGCAGAAGGCAGCUGAGAACGGCCCAUUUCAGGAAGUUGAGAGCAUCGUGACGGCGCUGCGGCUGCAAUGUUCUCGGGAACCAUCUGGGCCCCAGCGUGCACAUGGAGGCUGUUGUAUGCACCAGUCCUCGUUAGCAAACAGCACAAUCCGUCAAGUGAAACAGAGAAGGACCGUGCCUGGCUGCUCCGAAUCCGCUGGACGACGGGCGGGGGUCGGGCGGGAGCAGGGCUCCAUGUGGCCUCUCGCUGCCCUGGACGAGCGAGUCCAUGUAGCCCCCUCCUGCCCCCUGGCGUUGGCCCUGCUGAGUCAUUGCUCUGUUAAAUGGGCAAACGCCCUGCUCCACUGGCUGGAGCUGAUGGGCUUGGGGUGGCUGCCUGGGCCAGAAGGGCACCUGGCGACCAUGUGGUGGCACCUGGCACCCUGCCUAGAGUUUCGGAUCCAGCGCAGCUGGCUCAGUCCUCAGGGCUCCUGCCAGAAAGCAGGAGUCCCUCAGGCUGAUGGGGAGAGUCCUGCUUUACUGCACAUGCUCAGAGGUCACCGCAGUGAGAAACCCGCACAGCGCGAAGUGGGUGCGCAGCGUGCGGCGGGCGCAGGCGCAGACAAGCCCGAGCGCAGCGGUGAGGGCGCGGCGCAGCCCAGAAAGCUGCAGGGGCAGGAGCCUGUGCUGGGGCCGACUGCCCAGUCAAGGCUGAUGAAGCCCCGGAUGGUCACGUGCAGCCUGGCGGGCCCCCAGCUGCAGACCCUGAGGUGUGCGACCCCUGCAGAGCUCCACCACAGCACGCGGCCCACCUCGGUGCCCCCCACCCCGUCCUCACAAGUGGCAGAUGCCCUGGCCUCGGAGUCAGUGGUCCCCUAA